CAGGCGAUUUCCAAGAUGGCGCGCCAAACUUAGCAGACAAAUUGGCCGGUGAUUGAGGAUUCUGCCAAAAGACAGAAAGAGUUUAAAAUGUCCGUGGCCGUCGUCUCGACGGAUGAUCCACAAGGGUCUUACUCCUCCAUCUAGAAGCAGACGACCGCCACCAUCAUGAUAGACGUGCAGACGGACUCGAAGCUGCUCUUUGCUGCCUCGGCUCUCGUCGCGUCGUGGCUCCUCUGGGUCUUCUUCGUGCCGCCGAAGCAGCUCCACAAUGGCUUCAACAAGGUGCCCAUCAUCAAGAAUCGGUUGCCUGGUUUGGGAGGCGUCGGCUUCUAUGCCAAUCGAUACACUUUCCUUUCAAAAAAUGUGACCAAGGACCCGAGGCAUCCGCACCACGGCAUUGCUAAAUUCAACCUGCUUGGAAAAGUCGUCUACCACGUCGGUGGCAAUGACGAAGAGACGAUGCGGGCGAUCUGCCUCAACAAGGACCUCUCCUUUUCCGGUGGUAACAACUUCCUCUUUGCUGGCAUUGCCGGCGCACGACAGGGCGGCAUAAACGAGGACGGCGAGGUCGACACCGAGGAGAAGCGAGUGAUGAGGGAUCUCAUCAAGGCCAUCAGCCCUACGAGACUCAAUCCCAUCGCGCCUCGCCUCGUCGAAGAUGCCUAUGAGGGCAUUCAGGAGUGGCUGGGCAACGGCGCCUCGGCAGACCUGGACAUGCAGCAGACGUACUACCCCCUCGUCUUUCGCUUUACUGUCCGCGUCAUGGGCAUGGCUGAGUAUGCGUCGUCGCCCGAAGAUCUCAAGCGCUUCGUUGCGGCCUUCUGGGCCACACAGCGCAACUCUGGCUUCUGGACCACCAUUCUGCCCUGGGUGCCCCAGCCUCGGCUGCUGAUGCGCUUGUGGGGCGCCGUGACGCUCUGGCGCAUGGUGCGCAAGACGCUGGCCGAGCGGCAAAAGACGGGCCACCGCGAGGAAGACUAUGCGCAGGACCUCAUCGACAAUGGUUACUCGCACAACCAGGUCAGCAAGUUUGUCAUUGGCGGCAUCAUCGCCGGCAUCCUCAACACCAUCGGCACGGGGGCCUACUCGGUUGCCUUUGUCGGCGCCGACGACGACCUCAAGCGGCAGUGCAGGGCCGGCCUCGAGGCUGGCCUGCGCAAGGUGGCCGAGUCGCGCGGCGAGGUCUAUGAGGACCUGACGCCGCUGCAGAAGCUGCAGAUGGUCAAGCUCGAAGACUGGGAGUCGAUUCCUGACUUUGAGAUUCUCCACCUCGUCUUCAAGGAGUCGAUUCGCCUCAUGCUCACCAAUAGCCUCAAUCGCUACUAUCCCGGCCCGAGCAAGGACAAGGAAGGAAAGCUCAAGCCGAGACUGACAAUCUACGGCGAGGAGAUCGAGGACGACGCCUACGUCACCUUUUCGCCGCCUUCGAACCUGCACGACGCAGACGCAUUUCCCGAGCCAUUCAAGUUUGACCCGAUGCGCUACAAGCGCGGCCAGGGCCAGACCGAAUACACCUUCAUCGGCUGGGGAGCGGGCCACCACAAGUGCACGGGCAUGCGCUUUGCCAAGCUCGAGACCAUCAUUGCCCUCAGUUCCUUUCUCCUCUUUACCGACUUUGAGACUGUCGACGACCGGGGCAAACGCUACAGCCUCCAGGAGGUGCCUCUGCCGGACCUGAGCCAGAGCCACUGGAGGACGCCGCGCAGACCGAUGCGCGUCCGCAUCACCAAGCCAACUCAAUAGACCUAUCGCCCUGUACAAGAUAUCCCACCUCCCCUCCUCGCCCGUACUGUUGUCGAGAAGUGGUAAUACAAGAUUGAAUAUUUCACCUGCUUGCCUG